AGAUUUUUUGGGCAUUUGAUAAGAAAACACGGGAAUAGAAGGAUGAAUGGCAGUGGUGACAACGGGCGCAGCAAGCACACUAAUCUUUCGAAACAUGAAAUUGGAGAACAGUAAUCGGUUGGAAGUUCUCCGACCGCCGUCGUUCAAAGCAUUAUCAGUGUAACAGUGAAUGCAGUUUAAAUUGAUAAGUUUUCCAUGGAGAAUCGAAAAAAUUGGUUGCAAAAUAUAUUCUUUUUACAAAGAAGAUUGUAAGCAAUUUUUAAAAAUUUUUGAAAAACGUUUAAACGAAAAAUGCAUAUAAUAUACGGUUGAAUGAAGAAAAAGAAAAGAUCGAGCAGCGAAAUGAGCGAAUCUUUGGGUUUCUACAUGAAAUCUGACGGAAAAUGAAUAUUUAAAUGAAUCUACACAAAAAGCGUGCACUGUUCAGCGGAGCAUUAUUGCGCGGGAACAUUUAACGUUUCGAAAAUGCCUCGAGUUCGCAAAUGAACAUCGCGAUUUCAAGCUGAAAUAUUUAUAAAAUCGGGGAAGGUUUUUUUUAAAAUUUGUUGACAUCGGGGGAUUGGCCACGCCCAUAGAACCGUGCGGAGGUUGCAAAAUUUGAUCGUGGGCGUGGCCCGUCCCACAGAUUGGGUUCCCCCGAUCCGAAUCCCUCGCCGCCGUUAAUCGUCCGAUUCGUCUGGUCUCAAGAAUAGUAGUAUUUGAAUUGCCGCGAAACCGUACUCCACGCCACUAUUCAUCAAACUAUAUCAAACUAUAUAUCAAACUAUUUUUGAACUGCCCCGCCUGUUUGGCUUGAGACUAUGCGCUAAAUGAUGAAACUAAGGCUCUCUUCGGUGGCAUGGUCGCCGACCAUUUUAGGUAUCUGGUCCAAUACGACGAUAUCAACAGAGAAGAGCAUGCACACAAGUCGCGAAUCGCUUAUCAGGAGGCUCUUGGUAUCGCUAAGGACAAGAUGCAGCCAACUCACCCAAUUCGCCUUGGACUUGCCCUCAAUGCAAGCGCCUUAAACUUCGAUGUCCUGAAUCUUCCCAAAGAAGCCAACGAAAUUGCACAGAGUGCUCUUGAUAGUGCUCAUCGCGAAUUGGAGAAGAUGAAGAGCUCACUGGAUUCGUACGAUAUCUCGAACUUGAAACGUGCUCGUACACUUUACGAUCUAUUGAAGAGUACUCACGAGCAGCGUGUCGACGGAAAAGAAGGAGAAGAGGCUGAUAAUUGAAAUUUUUCUGGAUAUUCAAUUUUUUUUCGCAGUGAAAAAACAUGUUUCUUA